CUGUGCGCGCCCAGACCGUCUCCUCGCGACCACCGCCGCCCCCCCAGACAGAGCCGGGCCGCCAGUGGUUGGGCCCGCUAGGAGGCGGGGCCCGCCCGGGCGCUCAGUCUGCGUCCGGCUCCCGAGCCUGUCGGAUGACCGGAGGGAGCUGCGGAUGUGAGGCCGCCAGAGCGGUGACACGCCGAGGAUCUUGACCAUGGAGGGGGCCGCACAGGACCGGGAGGCUCCGGCCCGCUCUCAGCCCCAGCCCCCGCUCUCCUCGUCCAGCGCGGAGAACGAGGCGGAGAGCCGGCCGGGCCCCGAGGAGAGGAGCGGGGAGAGGGCCGCACUCAACCUGCUGGAGACGUGCGGAGUGUGCCGCCUGAACAUCCAGAGCCGGAGCCCCCGCCUGCUGCCCUGCCUGCACUCCCUGUGCCAGCGCUGCCUGCCCGUCCCGAUCCGUUACCUCAGCAUGCCGGCGGCCGGGCCUCCGCCCCCCGCCACAGCCGCCGCCGCCACCGGGAGCACCGUGCAGGUGGGGAUCAUCCGGUGCCCGGUCUGCAGCCAGGAGUGUGCGGAGAGAGACAUCAUCGAGAACUACUUUGUGCGUGACACCACAGAAGUCCCCAGCAGCACCGUAGAGAAGCCCAGUCAGCAAGCUUGCACAAGCUGUGAGGACAACGCGGAGGCGCGGGGCUUCUGUGUGGAGUGUGUGGAAUGGCUGUGCAAGAACUGCGUGCAGGCGCACCAGAGGGUGAAGUUUACCAAGGACCACACAGUGCGGCAGAAGGAGGAGGUGCCACCAGCAGUCGGAGCGAACAGCCAGCGUCCCGUCUUCUGUCCGUUCCACAAGAAAGAGCAACUGAAACUUUACUGUGAAACCUGCGACAAACUCACCUGCAGGGAUUGCCAGCUGCAGGAACAUAAAGAGCACAGGUACCAGUUUAUUGAAGAAGCCUUUCAGAGUCAGAAGGUCAUCAUCGAUACCCUCAUAUCAAAAUUAAUGGAAAAGAACAAAUACAUCAAAUUUACAGGAGACCAAAUUCAAAACAGAAUUCUCGAAGUUAACCAGAACCAAAAGCAGGUGGAGCAAGACAUCAAAGUUGCCAUUUUUACUCUGAUGGUGGAGAUAAAUAAGAAAGGGAAAGCCAUGUUGCACCAGCUGGAGGCUCUUGCCAGGGAUCGGCGGAUGAAACUCCUGAAGCAGCAAAGUGAGGUUGACGGCUUCUCCAAGCAGCUGGAGCACGUGGUGUAUUUCUCCAAGUGGGCGGUCUCCAGCGGCAGCAGCACCGCGUUACUGUACAGCAAACGCCUGAUAACUUAUCGCCUCCGGCACCUGCUGCGCGCUCGCUGGGAUGUCGCGCCCGUAACCAACAACGUCCAGUUUCUCUGUGAUGCAAAUUCCUGGGCCCAGAAUAUAUUCAACCUAGGUUCUCUGGUGAUUGAAGAGGGGGACCCUGCUCAGCAAACGACUCCUGUGGAGGUUCAGAAUUCUCAGGGGAACCCACCCGGCAAUCAGCUGCCCAAGUUCCCCUCCCAGAUCAGCCUAGCUCAGCUCCGCAUCCAGCACAUGCACCAGCAGCUCCUCGCCCAGCGGCAGCAGGCACAGCAGCGACCAAAUGCCAAUGUACCCCCACAGCCCAUGGGCAUGAAUAACCCUAGAGUCCAAGGGCCACUGCAGCACCCACCUCAAGUUGGCAAUCAGCAAGCCCAGCGAUUCGUGAAUGUUCAGACCAUGAACCCGAGAGCCAACGGUAUGUUGGUGGCCGGCCAGCCGAUGCGGUACCCGCACAACGCGCAGUCUGCGGCGGAACUUCAUAUGCAGAACGUGCCCAGGAGACCCAUGGGGCCCAGUCCUGUCCGUGUGGCAUACAUGGCACAGCAUGCCAUGAAACAGUGGCAAGGCACAGGAAACCAAUCCCUGGCCCAUACGGCUGCCAGCGCCACUGCCACUCCGUCCAGUCCCACCAUUACUAGCGUGGCAGGCAGUGAUGGAAAAGGUCUGUCUUCUCCCGUUAUUGACCUGGUAUCAUCAGCAGCCAACUCCUUCAACCUCCCACCCCUGCCUGAUAUCGAUAGCACUGAUCACGCGAUGAUGGACAAGAUGAUGCGGAAAGACAGCAUGAUGGAGAAUCACCACCAGCAGCAGCAGCAGAGGAUAAUGUCCCACCGAACCGUUCAGUCUCCCAAUUCCUCUGUGCCGUCUCCACUAGGAUCCAUGGCUGGUGUUCAUCAUCCCAUCCGUACCUCAAGCGCAUCCAGCGUCGGCAGCCGGGAAAGUUCAGGAUCUUCCAGCAAGCCCAGCGGAGGCGCGGACUCCACGCACAAAGUACCGGUUGUCAGAUUGGAGCCCAUCCGGAUUAAACCAGAGAAUAGCUCAGAGAGCGAGACGUUUGAAUAUCCGGUUGUGGUUGUAAAGCAAGGCAACCGGCGCACACAGCCGCAGCAGCAGCGACCGCGCAACUCCGAUUACCCAGGAAGCAUUUUAACGUCCAUGCUGCUGGAUCGGAACGGCAACCGCAGACUGGACGCCGCACCACGAAGGGACACUCCGGACAGCACCGGUGACCGUCAUGUCAUGCAGGAUGGGUCAUACCCAGGGUCAAUUAACUGGACCUCCCAGGGCCAUGUAAAAGAGAGCGGUGGCGGGAAAGAGGACGACCCCAACGAAGACUGGUGCGCGGUGUGUCAGAACGGCGGAGAGCUGCUCUGCUGCGAGAAGUGUCCUAAAGUUUUCCAUCUCUCCUGCCAUGUGCCUACACUGAUGAGCUUCCCCAGUGGUGAGUGGAUCUGCACCUUCUGUCGAGAUCUUUCCAAGCCAGAAGUGGAAUAUGACUGUGACGACCCAUCUGUGGCAGAGAAGAGGAAGCUUGGCGGUACCACCAUGAUGACGCCCCUGGAUCAGAGAAAGUGUGAGAGACUUCUAUUGCAUCUCUUCUGUAAUGAGAUGAGCCUGGCCUUCCAAGAACCUGUCCCGCUUACUGUUCCUGACUAUUACCGAAUAAUAAAAAGGCCCAUGGACUUGUCACACAUAAAGAGAAAGCUCCAGCUGAACGGAUCUCCGCACUACACGCGGCCGGAAGAAUUUGUCAGCGAUAUCCGGCUGAUCUUCAGGAACUGUUCUGAGUUCAACGAGCCGGACUCGGAAGUGGCGAAUGCUGGUAUCAAACUGGAGGCUUACUUUGAAGAGCUGCUCCUCAACAUCUACCGCGAAAAUAAAUUCCCCAAAUAUACAUAUAAAGAUGAAUUUGGAGUGAGCGAGGACUCUGAGGAUGAGUUUGUGGCACCACAAAAAAAACGCGUCAAAACGGACGAUCGCGUGCAUUUCAAAUGAGCUGGUUUACAGCGAACCCCGGUGUACAUAGAACGCGUUUAGUUGUUGGACAAGCUUUCUUUGGAAUGGUUGCGAGCCUGAGACUCGUUGCGCUCCCAGGAUACAGCUUAAACAUGGUGCAUUACCGGAACGUUGGGCUACAAACUGGAGCUUCUGUUUUGGUCGCCAGUCUACAAGUUAUGUUUGCGCCUUGUAUCAAUGAACGCGGUGUGAAUUGCCACGCCUCGGGAUUCUCAUACGGACGGCUCGACUUAUUGUAGGACCCUCUACUAAUUCUCUUCCUGCCUCAGUGUCUCUUUUCCACUUGUCCUAGUGGUGGUGAGACGGAACCCAGUCUCCCGACAGCUGUAAACCUAUUUCAAGGUUAUUCUAGAUGAUUUUUUGAUUCUCUAUUGGAUUUGGUCUCUUCCGACAUCAACUGGGCCCUUGCAGCAUCUCCUGUACCAUGCAGUGUGGCGAGACCAUCUGUUCAUUCACAGUAGCGGCUUCAGCACCCAUCCUGCACUGUACUAAACCGCUUUGUAUUCCCGUCACCUCCCCCCAGUUUUCUGCUGAAGAUGGAUCCACCGUGUAUUCACAUCUGGAAAUCUCCAAGUUUCCACUGCUAGGUUUAUUUUGCCUAAUGUUCUAAUUUUAAAAACUCUAUACAUUUUCUGUUAAAAUAUUAAUUUAUCAAUUUAUCGA